AUGCUCCGCAAGGUAGUCAUCGCUCUUGCGUGCCACGGCGUCAACCCUUCAGGCUGUCCGGCUCGAACGCCGAACGCCGCGUCGCGCGCCCGGUCACAUUGAUUCCUCACAGGCGCUCGGCGCCGCCAACGGCAUGGGUUACGGCGGCGUCGGCAAGUGCGUCAUCCCAGAUGAUGAUAAUAAUCCGCAGGGCAAGUUCGCAGGUGACCGCUGUCAGGCCGUCUGGACAACCGAUGACUCCGCGGCCUGCGAAGUGGACCAGUACGGCUGCCCCAGUGUCGCGUGCGACGGCUCUGACAAACCGUGGUGCAUGAUGGAAGACGGGCUGAAUUGGUGCUACUGCGAGUGA